GUUUCUCUUCACUACGUCAUGAUUGACACUUGAGAUAACAGUCCCCAUGAAACGGUAGUUUUGUAGUCAGAGGAUGUAAGGAGGCAGAGUAAGAUUUUCCACUACAACGGGACCAUGUCAAGGAGGUAUGUUUUGGUCUGCAGAUACAGAAGUGCGUCAGAGAUAGGUUUUCUCGACGGUUUCUGAUAAAUGCGCGUUUAUUGAGGACAAACUCGAGACACCUUUCGACGCUGUUUGCAUUAAAGACAGAAAUAUUUGCUGUAAACAGUCGCUGCACUGUUACCUGACAUGUUUAAGGUGAUGCAAAAGUUAGACUUUUUUCAUUGCGCACUUUUGGUUCAGACCAGCUGCUCUUUUUAGAGAAGUGCACAUGUUUGCACAGUGAAUGUCAAGUUGAUAAAAGUUCAGGUUUUUUGUUUGUAGUAUGUGUGAGUGCUGCAGGAUCUGGUAGUGAUUACUUGAUUGAAUUAUACAACAGCAUAAGGGGGGAUCCAGUGGGCUUGAAUAUCUGCAGCUUCAGUCUGCUCUUCCUUGUGAUUCUGUGACUAAGUGUGACUAAUUUAAGAACAGAGAAGUUUCUGUAUCUGUGAGAAGCUCCUUCCUGUCAUUUGCUUCCUACUCAGAUUUUUUUUCUUCAAUGUGACAAAUAUCAGCUGUUUUUACAUGACAGGAAGGGUGAGGCACUUAUUAGAAAAGUUUGAUUAUUUCAACAUCAUAAUAAAAGCUCUUGGCAGAUAAGAGGAACUUCUUUAGUCUGCACAUUGUACUCUGGGGCCUUUCAGUUUGGAGAUGUUUUACUUGGACCAUAAAACAACAUCUGGAAGAUGGAUGAUUUCGUUUAUCUCAUGUUACUUUAGGAGCUGUGCAGUUGUAACUUAAUGAUGGAGGUGUGGUCAAGACAUGGAGAGGACUGGUCGGUCAGUUUUGUUCUCUUUGCUUUGUGUCGGAAUAAAAGACCCCAGGGGACAGAGAUUAUAAAACAGACAAACGAGGAAGUUGCUGCACAGGUUUUCUGCAAAAAUAUUCAAGUGAUAUUGAAACACUUCUAAGCAGUUUGGUUCUAGGGUGCUGGAGUCAGGGACAGCUGUUUUGUUUCAUAAGCAAUUCCCACACUCUUCUAGUUACUCGCUACAUUAGUUUCUAUUAUAAUUAUCUUUAUUAAUCCAAAAUUUAACUGCAGAAUCAAUCCAGAAUGCUAAAACAUCCACUUCUUUCUCUCCUUGCUGUAUAAAAACUCAAAAAACAUCCCUCUGCUGUUCAGUAUUUUGCAGGAGAGGUUAGGGGAAAGGAUUUGAAUGUUAAGAAGUCACCUAAAAGUUGUUGCACAUAAUUGUAUUGAUGCAAAAUGAAGGAUAUAUGUUGAUUUUUAAACUUUUUAACCAAAGGAGAGUUUUUUUCUCUAUGUAAGAUGUGUCAUAGCUGGAAGAGAACAUGUGAAAAUAAUUAUAUUGAUUGUUAAAUUCCUUCAGUGUUAAGUUCUUGAUAAUGUGGCUGCUGGCCCACUAUCACGCUGUCAGGACGGAGUGGAAUGCUUGAAAAUAACAGAGCCAUCGUUAAUGGGAAGUAACAGCUGCUUUUUUCCUGCUGUAAAAAGUCAAAGUGUUGCUGUGCCAAAGGCCGACUGUGUCUCUGACUGUCUAAAGAAUAGAAAAACCCUUUGAGAGUAGAACUUAUACUUUAAGAGGCUGUGUAAAGUGUUGAUGAAAGCAGAUUAUGCAUUGAAACUGACAUUACUCUGCGGUGGAUGUCACUGCAUGAGCUUAUAAUCAAUUCCAAAGUCUACUGUGUGUAAACAUAGUUUGACAGUACAUCAUCUACAGUCAUCUGCAUUUGUUUCUUCUUUUCAUUUUACAGUCAAAAGGCCGAUCAUGAGCUCACUGAGGUGCUCAACCAACUGUGGCGUCUGGACACCAACCGUCUCAAACCCGGGACUGAUUACAUCAUUUCCCUUCAGGUCUGCACUGUUCGUCUGCCAGCAUCACCUCUAUACCAUGCAAAACAGUCAGACAUAAACGCAGUACAUGCACAUUUUAAUAGCAGCGUCUUUGCAGUGACUCUAGCUGCUGCAUGACAGAUGACUGAGGCAACGCUUGGUACUUUGUAUUAUUAGAGAUGGGUUUGUUGUGAUAUUUUGUCAUCACAAUAGGUGAAAAAAACCUAAAUAAUGUGCAUGAAAUGACCAGUAUCAAUGUGUUUAAAUCAGUUUCUCUGGUCUUUGUAGUGACCACCUGCUAGAGUCUGUCUGUUUUGUUUGUUUUCUUCAGGGCAGAGCUGGUUACGUUGCCCAGGGCAGUAACUAUGCCAGAGACAGGGCCCGAGCUCCUCUCUUCACAUACGUCAACGAGGAAAAACUCAAGAGCAUCGAGACAUACGCACGUAAGUACGAGUCCAUCAUACUUCUCUAGAACCUCCUGACGUUUUAACAAGCGUGUGUGCUUUUAUUGCAGAUUUCAUCAACUUGCUGGACAACUAUGAGACAUCCACUGGGGUAUCAGAGACGGUGACGUCUGAGGAGCUGCAAGAGAACAGAGUCUUUAUCGACUCAAUGAUGGAGACGGAGGUUAUGAAGGUGCAGUAGCCUUUAGCUAAGAAGAUCUCUCUCUCACACAAAAGGAUCCUUUACUGCGGCUGUUUACACUCCUGGUUACCUCUUUAAACGUUGACAGACUUUCUAUAGCUGCUGUUUACUGAUGAGUUUAAAGGUUAAAAUGAUGAAACAGUUUCUUCUGAAAAUAUCCUUUUUUUUUAAACUAUGGAGUUUUUCCCUCAAUAACAAAUAGAAAAAAACUUUGUUUUUAAUGUUGAUGUUGUCAACAUCCAGAGGGCUGAUAACAGUUGUUAGAAAUACCUGUGUAACCACUAAAUGACUAAUUUGACUGUGAAACAGAACAACACAAACAAAGAUGAUAAGAUAAGAAACAAAGGUGCCAUUUAAAAAUAAUCAGUAAGGGUCAUGUCGGCUACCACAGGAUUCAUCCUCGAGACAUACCUCUGAUAUAAUGACUCUUCUAACCUUCUGAGACCAUUUGAAUUACAAAUAAAGAGACAGAGUGGUGAUUAUUAACAAGAAAAAGAUCAUUACUUUAUGGUUUACUGAAUAAGUAUCACAAAUACCUACAAAUAAAUGAAGUAUUAACACUAAAAUAGUAGGAGUUUGUAUUAAAUCAAUUUAAUAAAGUGUAUUUUAUAUUAUUUUAAUUUUUUUCACAGUGCGCUCACAAGUACCUGGUCGAGAAGAGGCAGUCACCAUCAGACACAGCUCAGUUCAAGAAACAGCUGUAUGACAUCUGGUUUCGCCUCUACCACAGAGACAGGAGUGGAGGGUGAGUCUGAGGAUAACAGCAGGGGGCGCUGCUGCUGUAUUUUGGAACAGUCAAGUGUUUCUUUGAUUCAGGGCCUGUUUGAAUUGAUCGUUUUGGUUAGGAGGGUCACACAAAACAGUGUCUGAAAAGAAGAGAAAGCUCUCCAGUCAGGAGUGAAUAAGUGCAUCCGUAAAGCUAUCAUUAAAUUGGGGUUUUAUUUGUAUUCUAGUGAGGAUUCCUGUGGAUUUGAACACGUGUUUGUGGGUGAAACAAAGCAAGGACAGGAGAUAAUGGGUCUUCACAACUGGGUCCAGUUCUACCUGCAGGAAAAACACGACCAUGUGGACUACAAAGGCUACAAAGCAAGAGACAACAAAGACUCAGUGAGAAAAUCAGACGUCUUUGACAUGUUACUGAAUUUGACCUUUGUAAAAUAGAGAUGUCCUUAAAGAGCCUGUUUCUUAUGUCUUCACAGCCUGAUGAAGAUGACCACGUCCUGAACCUGCAGUUCAGCUGGAAAGGUUUGGUGAAGCCGAUUGGCGGCUCCUUUAUUGGCGUCAGUCCAGAGUUUGAAGUGGCCCUCUUCACCAUCAUCUUCCUCAUGUCGAAUGAGAAAAUGACCUCUGUGGUGGUCAAAGUGGACGAGUAUGUGCUGGAGCUGGUCGUCUAUCGGCACGGUCGAUCCAUCGGCACAUCAUACCCAAAACUGCUCAGCAGCAACAACAGAGAUUUGUAAUUUAACACCUCGAUGAAUACCGGAUAUCAAUCACAUUUAUAUCAACAAUUACUGUUAUAUGUUUAUUUUACUCCUAUGCAGUAUAAACCAAAGAAUAAUCUCUAUCUAAUUGAUUUUUGCACUUAACGUCAGGCUUUAACUAGUUUCUAGCUCAAACUUCCUGAUUUAGAUUCAAUAUGUAGAUGAAGUAAAACCUUUUAUGAAUCAUUUAUCUGUUUUAUUCUGUAUGCUGUUCUUGACUGAAUAAAAAACCUGUUUACAAACAUG